CGUGGAUCCUCGCGUGGUGCAGAGCGCAGGAGGAUGACAGAGCUGAGAGCGAGCUGCUGCUGGUCGCACGCUGCUGCUGCUCCCUCCAUGAGUCGGGAUUAUAAAGAUGUAUUUUGUGAUUUCUGCCAUGAAAGCUCAGAUUGAAAUCAUUCCCUGUAAGAUCUGCGGAGACAAAUCGUCAGGGAUCCACUACGGCGUGAUCACCUGUGAGGGCUGUAAGGGUUUCUUCAGGCGGAGUCAGCAGAGUAACGCCGCCUACUCGUGUCCCCGCCAGAAAAACUGUCUGAUCGACCGAACGAGCCGCAACCGCUGCCAGCACUGCCGUCUGCAGAAAUGUCUGGCUGUGGGCAUGUCCCGGGACGCCGUGAAGUUUGGUCGCAUGUCCAAGAAGCAGCGGGACAGUUUGUACGCUGAGGUGCAGAAACACCGGCUGCAGCAGGAGCAGCAGCAGCAGCAGGGUCCCCUCGUCCUGUCCCACUGCGGCCUCGGCAGCCCGAGUCCAGGCAAAGCUGAGCCGCUGUCCCCUCACUACUGCCCCCCCUCCUCCACGGGCCUGACGGAGCUGCCAGACGAGCUGGGAGGCUAUGUGGAACAAAACUCGCCUGAAGGAGGAUCAGCGCCAUCCAAGGCAGACUCUGGAGGAGGAGACGGUGGCUUCUACCUGGACUUCCAGCCAUCCCCGGACCAGUCAGGGCUUGAUAUUAACGGCGUCAAACCGGAGCCGCUGUGUGACUACGGAUCCAGUAACGACUUCUUCCCAUACUGCUCCUUCAGCAACGGAGACGCGUCACCCGCCGUGUCCAUGGCUGAGCUCGAUCACCAGGCUCAGAUCAUCUCAAAGUCUCACCUGGAGACGUGUCAGUACCUGCGGGAGGAGCUGCAGCAGAUGAGCUGGGAGAACUUCGUGCAGGACGAGGUGGAGAACUACCAGAGGAAGCCGCGGGAGGUGAUGUGGCAGCUCUGCGCCGUAAAGAUCACCGAGGCCAUACAGUACGUGGUGGAGUUUGCCAAACGCAUCGACGGCUUCAUGGAUCUCUGUCAGAAUGAUCAGAUUGUGCUGCUGAAAGCUGGCUCUCUUGAGGUCGUCUUCGUCCGAAUGUGUCGGAUGUUUGACUCUCAGAACAAUGCCGUCUACUUCGACGGGAAAUUCGCGGGUCCUGACGUCUUCAGAGCAUUAGGCUGUGAUGACUUGAUCGCGUCCGUGUUCGACUUUGCUAAAAGCAUGUGUUCGCUGCAUCUGUCAGAGGACGAGCUCGCUCUGUUCUCAGCGUUUGUUCUGCUGUCUGCAGACCGGUCAUGGCUGCAGGAGAAGUUGCAGGUGGAGAAGCUGCAACAGAAGACUCAGCUUGCUCUGCAACAUGUCCUGCAGAAGAACCAGAGAGAGGACGAACUGCUAAACAAGCUCAGAUGUAAGGUGUCAGCGUUGCGUUCACUGUGCAGCAGACACACAGAGAAGCUGUCCGCCUUCAGAGCCGUUUACCCUGACAUCGUUGGGACACGUUUCCCUCCUCUUUAUAAGGAACUGUUUGGUGCCGACCUCGAACUGACUUUGCAGACUGACGACGACUAAACGUUGACCACACUGCCAGAGUCGGACGGAUGGAGCCCUGGUUUCUUUGACCAUGAAGGACCAGACGAUUACUACAGCUGAGGAUACAAAUUUUCCCCCAGGGAUCAAAAAAGUAUUUCUGAUUCCACAAAAAUGGAGCUAUUUGAACUCCUUCUUCACAUCCUCCUCCUCUCAUGGCUCUGCGUUUGGAUGCACUGAGGAAGCAGGUGGUUUCUUUCCGCUUGCAUUAACACGUUUUGUAUCCAGGAUUGUGGCUCUCAUUCAGAUUCCACUCUGAUUUCAAAAGACACCUUCAGUAUUCACACUGAAACCUCAGUUUGUCAAGACGUUCUUCUUCUAACAGUUAAAUCGCAUCUGUAGUUAAGCAGGAACCGAGAAGCAGCACAGCAGAACUCAUUUCUGCAUCCUCGAGAACCUGGUUUGGUGACGUAGUGACCUUCAACAGGCAGGCAGGGAACUGCUGUGGCAACCAGCCGGCAACAUGAAGCUGCUGCAGCCACCCAAAGAAGCUCACGAGGUGGUUUUCCAAAAGCAGAGCAGGGUUUUAUAAAACUGGAAUGUGCAACAAGCUAAUAUGGUCCAUGUGACACUAAUUAGUUCAGUUUUACAUAUGAAAAGUGAAAACAGAAUAUUGAAAAACUUGAAUUUAAUUUUCUGAAAUUGGAUUUUUCAUUGGUCACAUGAAUGUAUAACUAAGGAAAACCUCUCAGAUUUUCUAUGGAUCCAUUUUCCAUUUUGCCAUCCAUCCAAUGUCCUACAAAUGGAAAAUUAGCAAAGAAAAAUCUUAAUUAUGCACUGAUGAAUGAAAGCACAAUUGUAGAAAACUGAAUGCAAUUUUCCAGUUGACCAUUUCUCAUUUUUCCAAAGGAAAACUGAACUGAUGAGAGUUUCGCAGACCUGAUGUGAUAGUUUCAAAUGUUGGCCCUCAUAAGGAAGUUUACACUUAUUGGUUAAGUUAUUGAUGUGACAAAGUCCUGACAGUGAACGCCUCAUUUUUGUUUUUGUUUUUUCAUAAAAAUGCACAUUUUAACCCUUUGAUUCUGUGUAUGUUCUUAUGGCUGCAUCAGGCAGCCUUACUGUGUGGAGUUUUGGCCUGCUCACAUUUUUGUCUUGAAAUGUUUGGACUGCAGAAUCAGAAUCAGAAAGACUUUAUUGCCAUUGUAAGUGAAGAGGUUUCACAUUACUAGGAAUUUGUCUUGGUGAUUGGUGCAUACAUAGAAUGUAACAAGUAACAUAUAAUAGAAGAAUAAAAUAAAAUAAGGUAACACAAAAUAAAAUAAGAUAAGUAAAAUAAAUAUGACUUUCUGGUGGAUUGGAGGCCUGGAAAAUCUAAUCCACUUAUCCAAUCCUUUUAUAUCCUCACUGACUCAAGUUAGGCUUAUUGUUUAAGAUUUGGAAGUAGCCCACCUUCCUGUCAGCUGUACCGAAGAUAUUUUAACACCUCAAAACUUUAACAUUUAAAACAGCUGCUCACUGUUUUCAGUCAAACAAUCUGGCAGAUUUGGUGCACGUCGAGAACCAUUUUCAGAGGUGGAUUAAAAAUGACUGAAAUGGUACAAACUGAAAAAGAUCAUUCUGGUUGAACAGCUCAAACCUCAUGCAUGUUCACAUCUAACUGAUGAGAUGAAGAUCUGUUCAGGAAUAACCAGCUAAAUGAAAGCAAUAUUAGAAAGAGAAUAGAAAUGUCAUUGCUGAGGACCAUAUAGAAACUAUGCAGAUCCGAGUGCAGUGAAGUGAAAGUGUGUUGCACUGCAGUCCGUCAGCGGCCUUCAGAGUGUGUUUCAGGACUACAGACUGCUGGCAGCCUCACUUUUCUCAUGACAUCCUGUUCACCUUCAAACAUCAGCACACUCUUUAAACUGUCAGCUAAUCUGAGAUAAUCAGUAAGAUUAUCAUUAUUAUUAUUGUUAUAUGCUUUUUCCACCAGCUGCAGUCUCAAGGUCCAAAGCCCAAUAAAAAUCUGAUUUCUGGCAAAUGAUGAACUUUAGCCAUAACUAAAUGUCAAGCAAUAAUGUCUUUUUAUUUGUGUUUAUUGUGUAUAGUUUGAAAAUAUAGCAUGUAAUGCAGAUUCUAGUUUCUAAGAUUUAAUUUUCCUUUUUAAUAUUUUGUCACGAGCCGUCAUGUGAUCACAUACGCUGACGAUACACUUUUGUCCCUUCACGCCUCCUGUAUUGGUUUGGCCCUCAUUCUGUAAGUAACUUUAUCAAUAAGUCUGUACAGGCCACAGGAAAAUACUGAUGCCUAAUGAGCGUCCAAGGUUUUAUCUGUCGAUUGAUAUGCAUCAUAAUAUAAAACAUCUGGUUUGGUAUGCACUGCUCUCCUAUAGAUUUAGUUUAGGUACACAGUGAGAGCAUUUUUGUGUUUUAAAUGUGUGUAUGGUGCUCAGUUACCUUUUGUUACGGUUUGUUGAUUUUACCAAUGAUGCCACGUUGUAUGUUUCCCCACAGGGUGAUACGUUUAAAAGGAAAAUUCUGUUUCGUUAACAACCUGACAACAAUCUUGGCUGUCAACUUUGGCUGUCAAACAACAACUUUUUCCCCGGUUCCGUGUCAGACAUGUCUGAUUGCUCACAAGUGCAAGAUGUUAAUUCUAAAUAAAUGUCAUAACUGGAAGUACUGACUGGCAGAGAGAGUUUUGGUAUUAAAGUUUCAGUCCUUUUUUGUUUUGUUUUCAAUUCCAAAUUUUAUUUUUAAUGCCAAAAUUCACUGUUGUUGCCCCAGAAGGACAACAUGUAGGAAAAGUCCUGUGACAAGUGAGACAUAUUUUGGUCAGAUUUGGAUAAAAAACCUUUAUAUUGGAUGUUUCUGUAGCUUGAAACAACAAUACACUUUAAAAAGCCUACUGUCCUAACUUCCUGUUAUGCUAUGCUAACAAUUGCAAACCUCAUGUCACCUUUGAGCCAAUCAGAACAGCCUGAACACUGUAGGUAACGAUUUUACUGAACUUUUCAGAAAUAAGAAACUAUGUUUCAGGUUAUUUGUGGGGGAAAAUUGUUUGGCUUGGCUCCUGCCUGAGUUGUAUAAAAAUGCAAUUUUCCUUACAACUAUCAAAUGUUGUUAUGAUAUUGAAAUAUCAUAGCAGAAAGGUGUUAUCGCCCAGCCUACACCUGCAUCAGUGUGUUGGGUUUGGGCCUGUCGAUUUCUUUGUGUAAACUGGUCAAACAUGAAUUCUUUUGUUAUGAUACAAAGACUGAAAUGUGUUAAAAAUAAAACCAGAAAGAAAGUUUG